AUCCCAAACUCAUUACAUAUCCCCUCCUUCCUCCUGCAAUUCAUCACGCAUUUCCACUUCUUCAUUCUUCAUCUUCUGAGAGCUCCCAAGCAAAAUGAGGAUCACGAUGAGCAAUCUGAUGGGGGGUUUCUGGGCUUCUCUGGGCUCGACAGUCGCGAGCAUGAUGUUUUUCUGGGCGAUAUUCCAGCAUUACGUGCCCGAGCAGCUCCGCGCCUUCGUCAAGCGCCAAGUCCAGAAGCUGCUCAACCUGUUCUAUCCCUACGUCCAGAUCACGUUCCAGGAAAAUAGCGAUGAUGAUGUGCUCAGGCGUGGGGAGGUCUUCUCCCUCGUCGAGACUUACCUCGGCUCCUGUUUUGCCUCGGGCCAGGCCAAGCGCCUCAGGGCCAACUACAUCAAAAACAGCCGCUCCAUUCGUCUCACCCUUGACGACUACGAGGAGGUCAUCGACACUUUCCAUGGCGUCCGGCUCUGGUGGUCCUCUACCAAGACCUACCCCACGACCACCACCGUAUCUGUCUACCCCAGCUCCAACUCUGAUUACAUCAGGUCCUUUCGGCUCACCUUUCACCACUCCCACCGGGAGCUCGUCACCGGGACGUACCUGAACCACGUCCUGGAGGAGGCCAAGGCUGCCCGGUUGAAGAACCGCCAGAGGAAGCUCUUCACCAAUGGUGCGGGUGGGACAUGGCAUGGCUACAACAAGAGCAAGUGGUGCCACGUGGCUUUCGAGCAUCCCGCGACUUUCGAGACCCUGGCCAUGGACCCAAAGAAGAAGCAGGACAUCAUGAACGACCUUGUCACUUUCACCAAGGCGAAAGACUACUACGCAAAGAUCGGGAAGACUUGGAAGCGGGGCUACCUACUCUAUGGUCCACCGGGGACUGGGAAAUCCACCAUGAUUCCUGCCAUGGCCAACCUCCUGAGCUAUGACGUCUAUGACCUCGAGAUCACUGCUGUCAAGGACAACACAGAGCUGCGAAAGCUGCUGAUUGAAACAACGAGCAAGUCCAUCAUCGUGAUCGAGGACAUAGACUGCUCCCUGGACCUCACUAGGCAGAGGAAGAUGGUGGAGGCUAACUCAGUGGAGAAGUCGGGGACGACUCAGGCGAGCGCUGCCGACCCGGUGAAGGCAGAGAAGGAGAACGAGAAGGAUGGGAGCAAGGUUACCCUCUUGGGGCUUCUGAACAUGAUUGACGGACUGUGGUCGGCCUGUGAUGGGGAGAGGCUCAUAGUUUUCACGACCAACUUCUUGGAUAAGCUGGACCCGGCCCUCACCUGGAGGGGGAGGAUGGACAUGCACAUUGAGAUGUCCUACUGUCGUUUCGAGGCUUUCAAGGUCCUCGUGAAGAACUACUGGGAUCUCAGUGAGCACUGCGUCUUCGGCACCAUCGAGAAACUGCUGGAAGAAAUCGAUAUGACUCCUGCCGAUGUCUCUGAGAAUCUGAUGCCUAAGUCUGCCAACGACAAUGCGGAGACGUGCUUGAUGACUCUAAUUAAUGCUCUUGAGAAGACCAACGAAGCAUCGAAGGUGAAGACCAACGCAGAACAAGUUCGAGGAGAAGAUGUUGCGGACCAACAACACGGAUGAUGUUUUAAUUCGCCUAAGAUAAUAAUUAGGCCUCAAUUAGUUAACUAGUUGAUAGAUAAAAUGCUCUGUUUAUGGCUAGGAUGGAUUGCGAGUGUUUUUGCUUCUUUAGUUUGCAAAUAUCCGUUAUAUCAAUUCGGUUUUCGUUCAGUAUUAUUAGUCUAUCGCUAA